AUGUUCGUCCACAGUCCCGGCUUCACGCCUCGGGGCCGGCGACGGCCGCCCGGCUCGCCGGUGGCCGCCCUCACCCGCCUCCUGCCUGCCAUGGCUUUGGCCCUGGUGACCUUCAGCUGCCUGAUCGUGUGCCUCGUGCAGUUCAGCCGGAAUCGCCUUCGCGCCGACCAGGCCCAGGCCUUCCUCCAAGGUGAAGCCGUGCUGGUGAUGCGCACCGCGCAGGCGGCCCCCACCGGCAGCCAGUCCUGGAUCCGCGCCGAUCAGGUGGCCAGCCUCGGCAGCUUGCAGGAAUGGGCACUCAUCGGCCCGGCCGGCAUGACCGACCAGCGACUUGUCACCACCGACCAGCGCCUGGCCCACAUCCUCGGCCGGCGGGGAGUGGACGAUGCGCAUGCCGCCGCCGCCGCCGCCGCCGCCGCCGCCGCCGCCGGUGGUCCUGCCAAGUCGCCGGCCGGGGCGCUGGGCGCCGACCCUGACGACCCGGCGCGGGUCCCAUCGGCCCCGACGGCCCCCCAGCUGACGCUCUCCGUGGCCCUGGUCCUCGGCAUGGGCGCCUGGCUGGCGACCGAGGUCCGCCACGCCCUGGCCACGGUGCCCCUGUCGGCCGGGGAAUUGGCCCGGCUUCGGACCCCGCCGGGGCUGGCUGGCCUGCGCGCCGGUGCCUUCUUCGCGGCCGCGGUGCUGGCAUUCUUCGCGGCGGACGGGCCGCUGGCCUGGCGGGCCGCCACCGCCGGCAGCCGUGCCUUUGAUGGGGACUACUUCUUCUUCGUGUGCGGCGCGGUGGCCGUGGCCGCCCUGCUGACCAUUCGCGCGGUCCAGCCCGGCCGCAUGCCACUGGCCCCGGCCGAGGUGCGCGCCCUCCAGCAGGCGGCCGAUGGCCCGGCAUACGGCGAUGCCGACCCAGAUGGCAGCCUGGCCACCCCGCACAAGCGCAGCCCCCCGCUCACGGCCCCCGCCGAGUCGGUGCCCCUGUCGGCGGUCCCGGCUCUGGGCCAGGCCGGCGUGGUGGUCAGCAUCCCGGAGGCCCGCGCCGCGGCGGCCGCCGCCGCGCUUUCCACCUCCAGCGCCGUCAGCCCCAACCCGCAACCGGGCCCGGGGAAUUCGCCGAUCGUCCGGGCCCUGUCCCCGACGCCGGGCGAGCACCAGGCCGGGGGCUCGACACCGGCCCUCCUGGCCCCGGAAUGGUUCAGCAUCCUGGGACGCGACCAGUCGGACGAGUGGAAGGGCGCCAUGCAGCUGGUCUUCGUGCUGUACCACUUCUUCAAUGCGCGCGAGGCAUACAACCUGGUCCGCGUCUUCAUCGCCGCCUACAUCUGGCUCACCGGCUUCGGAAAUGCCAUCUACUUCACCAAGACCGGGGACUUCAGCGCCCGGCGCGUGGUGCGCAUGCUCCUGCGCUUGAACAUGCUGGCCGUGGCCAGCUGCUUGGCCCUCUCCCGGCCGUACAUGCUGUACUAUGUGUGCCCCUUGCACACGUUCUACUUCCUGCUGGUCCUCGGGACAUAUGGCAUCCGGCCCGGGUGGAACCGCUCCCCGGCGCGUGUCCUCCUGAAGAUUGCCCUCGCCGGUGUCGUGCAGUUUGCCCUCUUCGACUUGCCCUUCGCCGGCCGGGGCUGGGCCGGCGCCGGGCUCUUCACCCUCCUCAGCGCCCCCUUCAGCUCGAUCCUCUCCAUCCAGGGAUCCCUGCAUGAGUGGCGCUUCCGGGCCGGGCUCGAUCGAUAUGUCAUCCUGGCCGGCAUGCUGACGGCCCUGGCCCUGCCGGCCGCCGAGCGGGCCCUGGCCCGGCUGGAGCUCGGCCCGGCCGGCCGCCGCUACCGCGUCAAGGGGCUCAUUGCGGCCCUGGCCCUGGCCGGGCUGGUGUGGUGGUUCACCAGCCUCAUGUACAUGGACAAGUUUGCCUACAACCGGCUGCACCCCUUCACCAGCGUCAUCCCCAUCACCUGCUACCUGGUCCUGCGCAACCUCAGCCGGCGGCUCCGGGCCAAGUCCAUCGCCCUCUUCAUGUGGAGCGGGCGCAUCUCCCUCGAAACAUAUGUCACCCAGUUCCACCUCUGGCUGACGGAUGACGCCCGGUCGCGGCUGCUGGGGCUCCUGUGGCCGGGGGCCUGGGGCCACGCCGCUGCCAGCGGCCUGGCCGCCACCAUGACCCUGACCAACUUCCUGUUCGACUCGAUCAUCUUCCUGGCCGUGUCUUACUAUCUGGCCGAGGCCAGCGGGACCCUGUGCGAAAUGCUUGUCCCCAGUCCGCCGCGUCCCGGCCCCGGCAAGGCCCUCCUGCCAGGCGGCAUGGUGGCCUCCCCGGGCUCCGGCGGGGCCAAGGGGCCCGGGCCAGGCGGCCGGCUGGAGCCCUGGGUCCGGCGCAUCCUCGCCGGGGUCGGCCUCUUUGGGGCCGUGUGGCUGGCCAUCCUGCUGAUCGCCCCGCAAACCAGCUCCUGGGCCGAGGUGACCGCCGCCUACCGGUGA